GGAAGAGAGGUUUCAUUAUGCAAAAAAAAAAUCUGGCGAAACUGAAAAAACAAAAUUAAAACUAAUAAAUGAAUCCCAAAAGAUGAACAAAAUGAAUCACAGAGUUUCAUCCCUUUAUAUUCUCAUAUGGCCUCUCAUGACGAUCGCCGCCGCAAUCUACGCGGCGGAGGCUGCGGCGCCAUUCAACGUCUCCACCGUCACAUACGGAGACGGCUAUUCCCCGCUCUUCAGCGAAUUCAAUAUCGAACGGUCGCGAGACGACCGGACCGUCCGCCUCAUCCUCAACCGUUUAUCCGGAUCGGGAAUAAUUUCAAUAGAGUAUUACAGCCACGGUUUUUUUAGUGCCGGCAUUAAAUUGCCGUCGGAAUGCACCGCCGGAAUCGUUGUUGCGUUUUAUACAUCAAAUGUGGAUACGUUUGAGAAGAACCAUGAUGAGUUAGACAUUGAAUUUUUGGGAAACAUAAAAGGAAAGCCAUGGAGGUUUCAAACCAAUAUGUACGGUAAUGGAAGUGUCUCGCGGGGAAGGGAAGAGAGGUAUCGUCUGUGGUUCGACCCAAGCAAGGCCGUGCACCAUUAUAGUAUUCUUUGGACUCUCAACAAUAUCAUUUUCUACGUGGAUGAGAUCCCAAUCAGGGAAGUUAUACGGCACCCAGCGAUGGGAGGUGACUACCCAUCAAAGCCAAUGUCUAUGUACGCAACCAUAUGGGACGCCUCUGCAUGGGCCACCAACGGCGGCCGGAACAAGGUGGAUUACACCUACGAACCCUUCGCCGCCGAGUUCCGCGACAUGGUGCUUCAGGGUUGCAUCGUCGACCCCAUUGAGCAAAUACCGUCGACGAACUGCACGGACCGCAACUCCUCCCUCAUGGCACGCCGCUUCUCCACCCUCACCCCGGACCAACACAAGUCCAUGAAAUGGUUCCGGGAAAAGUAUAUGUACUAUUCUUACUGCUACGACGUCGUUAGGUACGCCGUGCCUCCCCCGGAAUGCGUGAUCGUGCAGUCCGAGAGGGACUUGUUCAAGUCUAGUGGUAGGUUGAGAGAUAAGAUGAAGUUUCAUGGGAGUCAUCGGAAGGGUCGCGGGAGGGCGCGGCAAGGUCGAUCUUUUAGCACCGGUCAGGCAGUUAGCUAGCUAAAUGAAAUGUGCGUACACUCGUGUGCUGAUAAGAGAGUAAAGUUGUCAUACUGUUGAACAUGUGCAAUCUCAAUGUUUUAGUCGUAUUUUGGUCUUAAAAAAAUCACUCCGUGCUUCUUAGACCGUAAGCUAAGGUGCCAUCACUAUCAUGCUCAUUUUUAAUUCAUUGUCACAUUAUAAUUAAGUUUUUCUCAUUUC